GUGCUGUUCCUAAGGUGUGCAACUGUGACUGAAAGACAUCCUGGGUCGGGGCAGACUAGGAGACCUGUGCUCUGUUUAGCAGUUGUGACUCUGGUGUAGCUUUCGGCAACGCAUGUUUGUUCCAUUAAGAGGUAUGCUUUUCAGAGAUACUGGCUAGAAGGACAGGUCUCAUUUCCCAGGUGCAGGGCCAGCCAGUUACUCCCGUGCUGAGCGCCCGUGCAUCGCAGCCAGUGCCUUCCACCUGACAAAGCAGGGUUGUCAUUGAUAAGUGUUUAUGUUGCACUUUAGAUUUCAAAGUUCUUUGAAUUAUUUCUUACCUCCAUUUGGCAGGUGGAGAAACUCAAGCCCAUGUAAGUAGUGACUGUCCGGAGUCAUGUAACCAAUUAGUGGUGAAUCUGGUAUUGGUUGCAGAGCCCCGAGAUUCUGGGUCAUUGCUCACCCCAGUGAGCCAUGCACCUUCUCCAGAUUAUGUUCUUUGCUCCUCACCAACUUCUUUUUCUUCAAAUUUAGCUAGCUCCUUUUAGAGUGAGCUAUAGAGCUUUCCCAUUCCAGGGCUACAGUACUUCCUUGGUGGGCCAGAAAGCUGUAGGCACCUAGGUAAGCUCCAGUGUGGGGCCCGUCCCAGGACAAACUGAGCUGUGCCGUGGUGCCAGCAGAGGGAGGGAGUAGGACUUCUCUGUUCAGAUUUUUGGAAAAGAUAAGUGCUGUUUUAGGAAUAUUAAAGAGCUAAGCAUUGGAAAGGGGAUGAAGGGUUUAAGUUAACUGAUUGGCUAUUGUUUAAAGAAGUUAAAAAAAAAUCCAACUAAAGAGACAUUUAAAAUUUUGCAUUGAAAUAAAAAGCCUUUGAAAGGCUUUGGGCCUCUUGUUCAAACUUCACUAGUUGAAUCAGAGAGGCACUUUCUUGCCAGUGAUGCAGAGAGACUUCAGGGAAGAUAUUGAAAACUUUUACAGUAGAAAUUCCCACAAGAAAUCUUACCAUCUGUUUAUUCAAUCCAUUUUUUCUUUACUUUGGUGUGUGCUUUUUUUAAAAUUUUAAAUGUCUUAUUGCAUGUUUGACUUAAAUUGCAUCUGUUAAGUACAGAUGUUGGAUGGAGACAAGUAUCUGUUCGCCUGUCUUUACUCAGUAUUCUUUUUCAAUAAAAUUUCUCCUUUGCUCUCGCACCCCCCCCACCCAGUUAUGCAUUUACUUAGCAGAUGAGCAGUUGUGUGUAGAAUACUCAGUAGUUUGCCUUACCAAACAUUCCAAGCAGCCUUUUCGAUAGUGGUAAGUAUUUGUUGCAGGUUUACAUACAUACUACAGGCGAAACAGGAAGCAGCCUUUUCUGGGUAGGAUGCUCCGAGCCGCCCUCCACUCUCCGAGGGAGCACUCUUCAGCUGACUGAAGCAGGGAAGCUGGGCCAAUCAGAGGCCGCUUUCCUAGCUCAGUCACCAGUCUGUGGUUGAGGAAGGGUUUGGCUUUUUUAUGCUCUGUAUUGGGCAGGCAGAUAAAAUGCCAGGACUGAACUGCCUCUGGGGAUAACCUCACCCCCCUGUGAUGUGAAUGAAUAGCAGCUGGCCUGGUAAAUCCACAGGAAUUGAUAAGGCAGGUGCAGUUCCUCCAAAGAGGCCUUUUCUAUCUCUUAGCUCUAGCUGUGGCUUCUGUAGCAGUUUUAUUUUUGCCUUGAAAGAGGUGCUCUGGAUUAUCAGACCUCCAUGUAUGACAGUUUGUAUCUGCAUGGAAUUGAAGACUCGGAGGCUGGUUCAGCGGAUUCCUACACGAGCAGACCGUCUGACUCCGAUGUCUCUUUGGAAGAGGACCGGGAAGCGAUUCGGCAGGAGAGAGAGCAGCAAGCAGCUAUCCAACUUGAGAGAGCAAAGUCCAAACCUGUAGCAUUUGCUGUGAAGACGAACGUGAGCUACUGCGGCGCCUUAGACGAGGAUGUACCUGUUCCGAGCACAGCCAUCUCCUUUGAUGCCAAGGACUUCCUACACAUUAAAGAGAAAUAUAACAAUGAUUGGUGGAUAGGAAGGCUGGUGAAAGAGGGCUGUGAGAUUGGCUUCAUCCCAAGUCCACUUAGAUUGGAGAACAUACGGAUUCAGCAAGAACAAAAAAGAGGACGUUUUCACGGAGGGAAAUCCAGUGGAAAUUCUUCUUCAAGUCUUGGAGAAAUGGUAUCAGGGACAUUUCGAGCCACACCCACAUCAGCAGCAAAACAGAAGCAAAAAGUGACGGAGCACAUCCCUCCUUAUGAUGUUGUACCAUCCAUGCGCCCAGUGGUGUUAGUGGGGCCAUCACUGAAGGGUUAUGAGGUAACAGACAUGAUGCAGAAAGCCCUCUUUGAUUUCCUGAAGCACAGGUUUGAUGGGAGGAUAUCAAUAACAAGAGUGACAGCUGACAUUUCUCUUGCUAAGAGGUCUGUCCUAAAUAAUCCCAGCAAGAGAGCAAUAAUUGAACGUUCGAACACCCGUUCCAGCUUAGCGGAAGUACAAAGUGAAAUUGAAAGAAUCUUUGAGUUGGCAAGAUCUUUGCAACUGGUUGUUCUUGAUGCAGACACCAUCAAUCACCCAGCACAACUUAUAAAGACUUCUUUAGCACCAAUUAUUGUUCAUGUAAAAGUCUCAUCUCCAAAGGUUUUACAGCGGUUGAUUAAAUCUAGAGGAAAGUCCCAAAGUAAACACUUAAAUGUUCAACUGGUGGCAGCUGAUAAACUUGCCCAAUGCCCCCCAGAAAUGUUUGAUGUUAUACUGGAUGAAAACCAGCUGGAGGAUGCAUGUGAGCAUCUGGGAGAGUACCUGGAAGCAUACUGGCGUGCAACCCACACAACAAGUAGCACCCCCAUGACCCCACUGCUCGGAAGGAAUUUGGGCUCAACAGCACUCUCACCAUACCCCACAGCAAUUGCUGGGUUGCAGAGUCAGCGUAUGCGGCACAGCAACCACUCCACAGAGAACUCUCCAAUUGAAAGACGAAGUCUAAUGACCUCUGAUGAAAAUUCUCAUAAUGAAAGGGCUCGGAAGAGUAGGAACCGCUUGUCUUCCAGUUCCCAGCAUAGCCGAGAUCAUUACCCUCUUGUGGAAGAAGAUUACCCUGACCCAUACCAGGACACUUACAAACCCCACAGGAACCGAGGAUCGCCUGGGGGAUAUAGCCAUGACUCCCGACAUAGGCUUUGAGUCUGCAGAAAGAAACAAAAAAUUCAUCUGUUGACAAGUUUGCCAUAGCACUGCUAGGAUAAACCAUUCUUAAUUUGGCGAGUAUAGCACAGUACUUACUGUGCUUAUAGGCUGCUGUUAUUUGAUGCUAAUUAAGGGGCAAAAAAAAAAUGUACAUUAUGCUCUUAAAUCUAGAUGGAUAUUAGAUACCCAAUCAUAUAGAUAUUUUUAAGUGCAACAUUUACAUUAACAGUACCUUUUGUUUUCUUCAUUAGAUUUAGACACAUCAAUUUGUAAUUUAGGGUACUUAUCAAGGCACAUAUAAAAUAAUUUCCCAUGCUGGAAAUUCCAAAUGACCAGUUCCAGUUGGAACCAAUUUAUAAACCAAUUCCUGUUGGAAUUUGGGUGAAUUGACUAGAAAGUCUACUUGAGCAUGUUACAAUCAAUUUAAAAAUCUGAAAAAAAAAAUGUAAUUAGUAAGAAAAUCAAAAUACCAAUAAAAGCCAAAACCAACCAUGGCAUUUAUUUGCUGGAAGCUAAAUUUACACUUAAAGUUGGAAUGUAUAAACAUUUUAAUAUAUGUUAAUGUUGCCAGAAUGGCUUUUCAAACUUAACCAAAUGUAUUGAUAGUGCCAAAAAAAAGACCUCAAUUAUGCAGAACUUACACACUCUCCUCAGAUUUUAAUAUUUUUUAUUUCUUUCCUGGCACAGCUGUUGUAUUCAAAGUGUUUUGCUUUUUGUUUAGUCACUACUGUUAGCUUGUAGAAGUUGGCAAAAAAAAAAAACCUAAAAAUUUCUUUAGCAGUGUAAGAGAAGAAUAGAAAAGCCCAAUCAUAGCUAGUUAUGUGAAAUGGAAAAUGGCGUGUUGUUUCCCCUUUAAUCAACCUGAGCACAACUACCCACAUCCAGGAAUCUGAAGUCACACAGUAGGGCAGAGCACAGAUCCUCCUCAGUACAAAACUAAACAUCUCCAGAUGGGAGCUCAUCUAUCCCUCUCAUGACAAGCAUGGGUUGGAUAUUCCUGCCAGCACAAUUGAGUAUCUUUCCAUUGCUUCACUCAGUCUGUCUUUGAGUAUGUGAAUAUUCUUAGCCCUUGACCAAAUUCUUUAUAAUCAUGCUAAGGAUUUUUGUUUUACAUGGAAACAUUCAAUUUUAAUAUUCAAAGCUGUAUUUAUACAAAUGAUUAAUUGAAAAAUGUGAAAACAAUUGAAUUUAAAAGCUUGCAAUAAAAAAACUCAUAGACUCAGAAUAUAUUUGUUCACUAAAAAGAAUAACAUUUUUUAUGGCAGAGAAUUAUAAAGAAUUUGUAGCUCAAGCUGCCUUAUUUUUAAUGGACACUCUUCUUCACCUACUAAGUCUUCCCAGUUUUUCCAGUGGCUAUAAUUAUGGAAUUAGUGACCUUAAUCUUACAUUAUCAAGGAAGCCGUAGCUUCAUUAUGAUCCAAGAAAUUAUUGAAAUCGACCCUUUUAUACAAUACACAAAAAUCUCCCCAAAAGUCCACAAGGCAUGCAUUUUUCUAAAGUUCAAUAGAACCAGGCAUUAAACAGCCUUUCUACUGGUUCAUGUCAUGAAGCCUAUUUAUUGAAAACAGUCAUAAUGUAUUUUCUACUACCUUUCCCCCCAAGCCUUUCAAUGUUCAGGCUCUCAAAGCAUGUACCAGUUAACUAAAUUUUCUGACCAUGAAAUUAAGUUCCAUAUUCUUGGUCAGUCAUACAUAUAUUGAACCCCAUAUGACUUCCCACAUCUCCUCCCCUCCUGUUCACUGUGUGUACCCCAUAAUGAACAAUGAACCUGUUUAGUUGAUGCUGAGGAUGCCUGUCAUUUUGUAAGUUAUCUCAAGUAAUUUGAUACAAUUAAAAAUGUGGGCUCAGUAAAUUCUAAAAGCUAACAUGUGAUACUGGCUUGUGAGGUUCUUCUGUCAUCUAGUGAAGCUUACAGAACUUUCAGUUGUAACAUUUAAAAGAGUUGUAUCCACUAGGCACUUUAAUUAACAUAUAACCUGCCAUUAUUGAAUACUUUGUUAGAGAACAAAAGAGCAUUUUCCAGCAAACAAAAAUAUAUUUAUUACAUGUAUAGCAUAUAUUUGCAUGAGAAAGAAAACAGCCAAAACAUUUUUUCUAUAUGCUUUACUGGUUUCUUGUUUGUGCGCAUUAAAGUAUUUAAUUGCAAAAAGUGCACCAAGGUGAUAAAUUUAGAACUAGUCAGCUGUUCAGCUUUUUCUGUAGUAGUAUUAGCAACCCGAUCAUUUAACCACUUUAAGAUAUUUACAUUUUAUGGCAGGUGGCUGUAACAGCAUUUACAUAUAUUUCCUAGUCAGCAAGAUUACCAUAUUCUUCAACUUUUAAAAAUCACUUCUUUUUAAAGGCCUCUCAAAGCCUUGCUUCUAAGUCUUCCAUGUCAUGCUAAUAGAGAGGUCCCUUCAAUAUCUGUGCACAAAACCAAUUUGUCAUUUCCACCAAGUGUCCAUAUAUGUUUUACUUUGCAUUCUUAUUCAAAAGCUAACCAUCUUGGAAAGGGUUAUAAUGUAUAUUUUCUUGAUGGAUGUAUUUAAAAUUCUGCUUUGAUUUGGCAUAUUCUUUCCCCUUCCUUUUGUAAUAAGUUUAUCUUUUCCACCUGAAUAAGAGAUGCAUUUUCCUUUUUUUUUAAACCUUAGCGUUUACUGUGUAAAUAAUACUAAAAUAUAGAUAUAUACUAAAUGAAAAGUUUUAUUUUUGCCAAGAACCUUUGGAAAAUACAUAUUCCACAAACACUUUGUUUUUAAUUAAUUUAUUUUAAAAAUUGUAAAUGAUAAGCAGGAGAAACGAGUCAUAAUGUUUCAAGGCUGUUUUAAUAGGUAUAAAACAUUCUGCAAUUCAGUAUGUGAAAUUGCAGAAUAUGUAGUUACAUAUUCUGCAAUUUCAGCCAGUGAACAUGUAACAGUGUAGACUCAUGUGACAAUGUGAAAAUGUAGUACUGGAAAAAAAGAAUGCAGUUUGUCAAUCUUGAUGUUAAUUCUCAAGGCUAUAAUGUGAUGCCGAUAUUAUAAUCAACAAUGUUAUCCUUUUAUUCCAAUAUUUAAAGCAACACUUAGAAAUGUUUAUAAAUGACUGAUGACUCUCUCUUAUCUUCAUACAGUUCUACUGGAAAGAAAAUUGAAAUGAACAAUUUAGACUGAUAGUCUUUCCUAAAAGAGAGUCUUAAUUAUGACAAUAUGUCAUUGCACUUAGUCCUUAAUGAAAUGAAUUUUUUAAAUAUAAAACAAAUUCUGAGGAAAUUAUUUGAUCCCUUUGAAUAAUUUGUUAAUUACUUUAAUUAUUAUUGUUGUUUGCAAAAUGUAUUUUUGGAACGUUAACCUCUUUUCAUACCUGCAUACUUGAACUUGUCUUUUGUGUGGGGGCCUUAAAUUCAUAAUAUGAAGCUAGAGCAGUGAAAGGGAGGGAGAGAAAGAAACUAUGCCAAAAGAUGGUUUGCAAAUUUAAACUCUUUGAGUGAAUAUAUCGUUAAGUUGUUGUUCAGACCCAGGAUGUCAGUUAAGAAUGUUUCUAGGCAACCUUAUUUUGCAUGCUAGUGUAUAUUUUUUAUUAUAUAAUUUUAUUUUGAUAUUUGCUAAAAAAUAAAAGGAACGUAAUGCCACUAUAGAAAUUGCCCUAUAUAUAUAUUGAUAGUUAUACUACCUCUUCUCUAGGGAAGACAAUUUGUCUUUAAAGAGAAUAACACUUUUCAAUAAGUAGUGUUCAAAUUUAUUACUCUUACUACUGACCUUGCUGCAAAGCUAUAUGCAUAAAUUGUUAAAUUGUACUUUUCCUUUAGAUUUUUAACUGUUUCCAAAAUGUUCUUGUCACCCUUUCAUUUCUUCUAUGUCAAUGAAGUUUUCUAUGAAUUAGUACACAUUUAUCAAAAGGUAAGGUUAAUUUAAUAAAUCAUUCAUCAUAGGGAACAAAAGAAGCCACAAGGGAAUUGCCUUUGUGUGCAACCUGUUGUAAUAUCUAGCCCUAAGUCCAAACAAAGACUUGAUGUUUAACUGUUGCUGGUUUGCAAAUUCAAAUUUUAUUGAUCCUUGAUUUCUCCUGUGGGCAAUUAGCCAUUUCCUGGAUAAGGAUAUGCAUUAUCUUGGACUCUCAUGUCAUUGGAACAAACCUCAUAUAAAUGUUUCAAAUAAGUAGGAAUGUACUCCUUAUUUCUUUUCUAUUUCUGCCUUUGUCUUUCAUGACAAUGUUGCAUGUUGUUUUCUUUUUUAAUUACGUAAAACUCAUCUUUAAAUGAUUAAAUGAAUGGAAACAUUAUAGGAAAUUAUGUAAUAAAAUUGUUUCAUUAGUUCUUCAUACCUUUAAAUAUUGUUAAUAUUCUGAGUUACGUACUCAGGCUGUGCUAAAGGGCAGAGAAUAGUCCUUCUCUUUUAAAUGCUAAUCAUGAUCAAACCAGUCAAUAUAAUAGUUAUUGGACAGACAACAAGGAUAACUUUUUUGUUGUUGACCUAAGCAGUCAAGUUAGUCAAAAUAGUAUAAUUGGUUUAUAUGGGCAGACAGAGCUAUAGCACUCAAAAUAACUUUUACAAGUUUCCUUCUUUUAUUAAAACAACCUUCUCAAAUGAAAUAUAUCCUCUUAUAGCAACCAUCUCUAUUUUUUGGAUGGUUUAAUUCCAAAUGCUUCAUGUAAUCGAGGGACAUGAGAAGACUAGGAAAUAUCUCAUCAGAAAAUCUUGACUAAGGGCUGUAACUUCCACUCAUCGUGAAAACCAUGUAACUAAGAGUAAAAAGCAAUGAGUUUCAGGAAGUCCUAGUUACACAUGAAACGUUCCUGUUUCUUUUGAUAUGUAAAAUAUUUGCAGAAAGAUGGUAGAAAAUGUCACUAAUGAAUUUAGAGUGGUACCGGAAAUACACACUGAUGUUUCCUGUUAAAAAUCAUAAGGAGUUAAAAUGAGAACUCCCUAAGAACCAAAUGUGACUGGCCUCUAGCUUUUCAGUACCAAGUGUUCUUGGUUAUGUUUUGAACACUUAAAUUUCUCAACCAAUGGCUGUGUCUAUAUUUAUAUAGGUGCCACUCUUGCCCUACUUGCAUGCCACUUACAAACUUUUAACUGAAAUCAGUGUGAAUCCUGUACUCAUAAGGGAUGUAUUAAAAAUGCAGGAUCAUUAAUGCUAUAUUAUUGCAUACUAUUUCUCAUAUGCCUUAAAAUAUUUUCUGGGACAUUAUUAAAAUGAAAGCAUUUUAUUGCCAAAAUAAAUCUAUGUUGUUACUUUUAAUCUGCAUUAGCAGUAGAAAAAUAAUGUAGCAAAAACAUAUUGUACAGUACAAAAUUAUAGAAGAUAUAUAUUUUGCCAAUAAUAUGAAAAUAGAUUGAGGAGAAAGAAGCACAUUUGUUAUAGCACAAACUUUAAACAAAAUCCACUGUUAAAUUUGGCAGUUGUAUUUUUUAAAAGUAUAUAGAGUUAAUUCUAAGUUUUAUCAGAUUUAUUUCAUCUACCAUCUUUUUAACUUGCUGCUUGAUACUUUUCCAGCAAUUUACUUCAUAGCCUUGCAGUCUGUGGGUGUAGUUUCUUUUAUUUUAUUCCCUUCCAUAAAACUUAAUAAAUUUUAUUUUGUGUUAAGACUCAUAUACUACAUUUACUGUUAUUUCUUCUCCUUCAAUAACAACUACAAAAAGUAAUGGCAAAUGAGCUCAUAGGGCUCUUCAGAAUUUUGGACAUGUUUGGAAUGUUUCAUAUUUUUCAUAGCCUAAAGUCACAAUGACAAAUAAAGAUGUCCCCAAAACAACAAAAAAGGUUUUAGAGAUUCUUCAAUUUGUUCUGUACUGAAACUUAUUUGAAACAUAAGUUAAAGCCAUUAGGUGUUUUUUUGAAGGGGUGGCAGGAGGAAAAAACAUACAUAAAAAUACUAAAAAUAAAUAUGACAAAAUGAUGUAAAAAUAUUUUCCCUACUAUUCUGAGGGCUGUUGAUAUCCCAAGCUUUUGCUAUAUCUCCAGUUACAAAAUGCGGGGGCGGGGAGGAAAUCACCUUUGUCAAAUAAUUUUUUCCUUUUUUUAAGUUUUAGUUACUUAUUUUGACAAUUUAUCCCCUUUUACUUUUCUUAUAUAGGUAAAUGUGUAGCAUUCUACAAGGCAUGCUGGGUAAAAUAUACUAUGCAAAUGUGUACAGUGCUGCAUGUUCCGUUCUCCCUCUGCUUUAAUGGCUUUAAAGAAAAAAAAUGUGUUGUUAUUUUUGUGAACCAAAACAUUUAA